CACUCUCCCUCUCUCUUUCUAUAUAUGUAUGGCACAGCCGCCCUUCACGCCCAACUCUGCAUUCUAGCAUUCUUCAUAUAGAUCUUGAUUCUGCUCGGAACUACUCGAUGGCGGUCCAGACGCUGGAGACGACGGUAUCUACUGCGAUCCCACUGCUGAGCGACGAGACGAGCGACGAGGAGUUGCCGCACAUCGUGGGGUGGGCGAAGCGGAAGCGGUCCAAGCGCUUCUUCGACCAUCCGACGACGGAGGAAGAGUAUUUGGCGCUCUGCCUCGUCAUGCUCGCUCGUGGAGGAGGGUCCGGCACUCAUCGCCUGCCGGCGUUGGCCUCCGACUCGGCACCGCCGGCGAAGCUCGAGCACAGGUGUUCCGUCUGCGGGAAGGCAUUCGGGUCGUACCAAGCCCUGGGCGGGCACAAGUCCAGCCACCGGAAGCCCAGCAGCGGCGUCGAGGAAGCCUCGGCCUCGGGCUCUUCCACGGCUAGCGCGGCCUUCGUCGGUGCCAGGGUGCACCGGUGUUCGGUGUGCCUGAAGACGUUUCCCUCGGGGCAAGCGCUGGGGGGGCACAAGAGGUGCCACUACGACGGGAGCCUCGCCAGCGGCGCCGCGGCGGCGAUGACGUCGUCGGAGGGGGCGAGCUCGAACCACCGGGCGUUCGAUCUGAACGUGCCAGCGUCGCCGGACUCGGAGUUCGACAACGUCAAGCGUUGGUUGGCGACGAUGAAGCCGGAGGAGGAGGAGGAGGUGCAGAGCCCACUGGCUUUCAAGAAGCCGAGACUUGUCAUCCCGGCAUAAGCGAGUCAACUCCACUGCGUUAAUUCUUUGGUUCUUAUAGACAUCACUCAUCCGUCGUUUGUACAGAGAAUGGCUCGCUCGUUCUUUGUAGCUGAAGUCUAUUCUUUGCCUAACGUAACACCGAAGGCUAUAUAUUGAUUUGAGAUGGAGGAAAGCUCGCCGGUUAUGGAUAUAUUACUCAUCCGGUUGUAUUUUUCUAUCAUCAAAAUAGUGGAUUUAGUCGGCAGGAAAGCUUUUUAUACU